UGGGAGGGUUAAUGGGAGAUAAUCGAUAGUUGCUGUCGCUGGAGAGUUUCCGCGUGGGUAGAUUUUCGACGGAGCAGAGUUUUCUUUGCCAACGGGGCUUGGUCGGGGAUCAGUGAAUGCAUUGUGGAGGCGAAUUGGUCUAGAUUAGGUGAUCGGAAUGCAUGUGAGUUAUGAGUGAUGGGUAAACGCCUGGAUUCGCUAUUGAAAUGUCUUGUUGGUUGCGGAUGGCGGUAUGAAAUAGGCCGCGAGCAAGAAGCUGUGGCGCCGUCCCGCCGUUGGAAACUGGGAAGGGCCCAAGAUGUUGCUAAUGCAAUAUGAUAUCAUGGAGAUUUUUUUAUUGGGAUCUGAAGGUAUUUCCAAAUCAGCGUAGAAUGUAGAAAACCAGAAAUUGCUGGCGAAAGGAAGAAACAAGGGUUUGGCACUAUGGGGCGACCUUUGAUUUAUGAUAUCCUCGACAGGCCAGCAAGCACUUGCGUUAUCGCUAUAUGCUCUGCAACUUGGUUAUAUAUUCAACAACGAAACGUGGGUUAUAGUGACGUCGGUCUUAGUUACGAAUCUGUAAUUUCUCAGGGGCAAUAUUGGCGGUUCAUCACGUCUGCUUUCUCUCACAUUAGCUUCCUUCACUUGGUUUUUAAUAUGAGUGCUCUCUGGAGCCUAGGAGUUGUCGAGAGUUUCAAUGACUAUAACCUAGGAACCGCUUACUACAUUCAGUACACAACAAUUCUGGUUCUUCUUUCGGGAUUGAUGGUACUAGGCAUGUACCAUGUGCUCAUUACUCGAGCGAAGUUAGAGUAUUACAGGCGGGUAACUGCAGUCGGAUACUCAUGUGUUGUGUUUGGGUGGAUGACCAUCCUUGCUGUGAGGCAGCCAUCUCUGAAGCUGAACUUGUUUGGGCUUCUAUCGCUCCCAAUCAGCCUCGCACCAUUUGAGUCGCUCAUCUUUACAUCCAUCAUUGUACCGCAGGCCAGUUUCCUGGGGCACUUGGCAGGAAUACUAGUUGGUUAUCUUAUUGGUUGGGGCGUAGUACAAGGGAUGACAAUCUACUGGGCAGCUACUCUCACCUUUUGGAUUGCACUCGGAUUCGUGUGGAGUCUAAGCCGGACUACGUCAUUUCAGUUGCCAUACUUGGAAGUUGACUCUGUGGCAGAUCUAGAUAUGCCAAGCGUUGGCGCUGCCCCUUCCAGUACAUCUACAAGCUGGUCAGGAGCUUCUCGAACUUUGCAAGGAAGCAACUUGGUGUAGCGCUCAGCUUGGUGAUCACGUUUUGGGACAUCAUGAAGCUUGCUUCUACGUUCUUUCAAAAGCGCUGUAGUAUUGAGAUUUCGUCUCAUGCACGCAUACAAACCAACACACGAGCACCAAGAGCAGAACUCGCGUAAGCAGAUGCAAAGUGGUAGGCCAUGGAUGUUAUCAAGCUUGGCCUUGAAGACUGCUCUGAGGAUGCAACUUGGACAAACCUCUGUUAUCCACACAUCUUUAGCCAGGGAGUUGAGCAAACAUUAAUGGAAGAUACUGUUAUUUUGAUUGUUAGCAGACUGUUAGUCAGGAUCUUAGACCAUGCUCAUGUACCUGUUUCGGCACCAACUGGUACUCUACCAACUAUGCAGUCUCGCCCAUCUCUUCAGUAGGUUUACUCGAAGCUUUGGUGCAGUUGUAAGAUGCUUUACUUCAAUCUAAAAGAGAAACAAACGGUCGUUUUACUUAAA